UCUCUCCCUCCCUCCCUCCCUCCCUCCCUCCUUUAUUCAAGAUUAGGGUUCUUGAGUCGUCCAUGGAGAGAGAAGAAUGCAACAGCAGCGAAUCGGGAUGGACCACGUAUAUUUCUUCACCUCUGGAGGAAGAAGAGGAAGAGGUAAUUGAUGAGGUCUACUAUGAAGGGCAUAGCAUCGAAAAAGAUCGUAGAAAAUUCGCAAAUGAAUACGAAAAUAACAAAGACAGCGACGAUUCCAUGGCUUCCGAUGCUUCUUCCGGGCCAGGUUAUCAACAGUAUCCCCAAACGAACGAUAGAGGUAAACGGAGAGAAGGUCUCGCUGUAAGGAAUGGGAAAGGUGAAAGUAAUAAUACGAGUAAUGAUGCUUAUCUUCACCAUAUUGAUGAUAAGAAUAGUGGUAAUCAUAUAUCUAGGAAAAAAGAGAAGAAAAAGAUUGAAAACAAGAGUAGGUCUCAUAAAAAGAAGUAAUUUUUUGAAUUUAAUUGUAUAUUUUGGAUUGGAUUAUAGUUUCCGUUUUUGUGUUGAGGUUUUGUUUUUUUUGCCUCGAGCAAAGGGUGUUUGAUUAUUUUUAUUGUUUUUUAUCAACAUAACAUAUUUAUUUAUCUAAUUCUGUUCUUGAUUAUUAUAUUUUUAUCUUUAAGAAUUUAUUUCUCCCAUGAUCUUCUUAGCUACAUGCAUGUUUCGGUGAUUGUUGACAUACUAAAACUAUGUUUACAUUUAAAAUAUAUUAAGUUACGUUGGACGCUACUCUCAUUACACUCAUUUUCUCUUCAUGGGCAAGGAGAUUGAAGGGAAAUGAAGGAUAAGAUAAGUAAUAAAAUGUAAAAACAGGAAAUGGUUUCCGUAAUGAAGACAUUCGUUAUAAAAAAAAAAAAAGUAAAAUUUAUUCUUAUAAAUUUCGAGACCACGUUUGGGAAAAGUUGAUUAACUGUUUGUAGAUCAGUGAGUGGCUUCCUUUUUAUUUUUAUCUUUUUUAACGAAAAAUUAUAUAUGUAUUGUAGGCUUGGAAUUUUUGUGGUUAUUCAAAAAAGAAAUGUACUAUAUAUAUUGAAAUGCUGUCAUAAAUCAAAAUGGUGUAAAUGAAAAAUAGCUCUAUGAAGCAUGUGUGAUGAAACGUGUCCUUCGAGACAAAAUCUCCAUUAUUGGUCAAAUUGUGGUUUUCUAUGUGUGUUUGAUCAAAUUAUCUUAAGAUUUUAUGAUGAAAUUGUUUUGUUGGUUUGUUUGUUUUGGCUGUAAAGAAGAAAAUGGAUCCACCGCAGACACAUGACAGCAACAUGGGAACUCUUCCACACAAAAUAAUUAGUUUUUGUUAGAAUUUUCACAAAUUUUGUUGGUUUUGCAUAUCUGUAAGAAAUAGUGUACAAAAUC